AUGAUUUCCUCACCAACAGAAACACCGCCGCCGGCGACGCCCAUCUUCCUCAAGCUCUCCUACCCGGCGCCCCGCGUUCUCCUCGUGCGGAUGGACCGGCCGAAGGACCUCAACGCCAUGUCAACAGCAGCACAAUGGGAGAUGGACUCAGUGUGGCGGUGGUUCGACCAAGAACCAAACCUGAGCGUCGCCGUCAUCACCGGAACGGGACGGGCGUUCUCGGCAGGGGCCGAUCUGAAAGAGUGGAAUAGCACCAUGGCCGCCGAUGCCGACCCGAGCAAGCGGAUGGGCAACGCUCCCGCCUUCAAGCCCCUGAGUCGGCGGCUGGGCAAGAAGCCCGUCGUCGCAGCGGUCAACGGCCUCGCGAUGGGCGGCGGAUGCGAGUUCGUCGUCAACUGCGACCUCGUCGUCGCGGCCGACGACGCGUACUUCGGGCUCCCGGAGGUCAAGAGAGGAAUCGCAGCCAUCGGCGGCGCCCUGCCGCGGCUCAUCCGCACCAUCGGCCUCCAGCGGGCGAGCGAGUUCGCGCUGACCGGGCGCAACGUCUCGGCGCAGGAGAUGGCGGGGUGGGGGAUCGUGAACAAGGUGGUGCCCAAGGAGAAGGUCGUGGACGAGGCGGUACGCUAUGCGACGAUGAUCGCGGCCCACUCGCCGGACGCCAUCAUCUGCACAAGGGCAGGGCUGAGGCAGGGCUGGGAGGCGGCAUCUGUCGAGAGGGCAGUGGAGUGGACUUUGGAAAAGGAGUUUGCCGAGUUACAGCGAGGCGAGAACAUUCUCGAGGGCCUCAAAGCCUUCUCUGAGAAACGGGAGCCCAGGUGGAAGGGUAGUCGGCUGUGA